GCCUUGGCCCUGCAGACUCUCCUGAGCUAACUCCGUCCUUUGUUGCUUUCUGGUUCCAUCUAGAAGAGGCUCUUCUUGACCAAGGAAGACUAGUUUGAAGGAGAUACAAUGCAGGAGCUGUGUCUGCUGUGCUGGGCGGUUCUCCUGGGCCUGGGGCAGGCCUGUCCCGAGCCCUGUGAUUGUGGGGAGAAGUACGGCUUCCAGAUAGCAGACUGUGCCUACCGAGACCUGGAGACCGUGCCACCCGGCUUCCCAUCCAACGUCACCACGUUGAGCUUGUCUGCCAACCGUCUUCCAGGAUUGCCUAGUGGCGCCUUUGAGGAGGUGCCCCUGCUGCAGUCGCUGUGGCUGGCGCACAAUGAGAUUCGCACGGUGGCUGCCGGUGCCCUGGCCUCUCUUGGCCAUCUCAAGAGCCUGGACCUCAGUCACAACCUCAUCUCUGACUUUGCCUGGAGCGACCUGCACAACCUCAGUGCCCUGCAGCUGCUCAAGAUGGACAGCAACGAGCUGGCCUUCAUCCCCCGAGAUGCCUUCCGCAGCCUUCGUUCCCUGCGCUCGCUGCAGCUCAACCACAACCGCUUGCACACGCUGGCCGAGGGCACCUUCGCGCCACUCACCGCGCUGUCUCACCUGCAGAUCAACGAUAACCCCUUUGACUGCACCUGCGGCAUCGUGUGGCUCAAGACGUGGGCUCUGGCCACUACCGUGUCCAUCCCAGAGCAGGACAACAUCGCCUGCACCUCACCGCAUGUGCUGAAGGGCACGCCGCUGAGCCGCCUGCCACCGCUGCCAUGCUCGGCACCCUCGGUGCAGCUCACCUACCAGCCCAGCCAGGACGGGGCAGAGCUGCGGCCCGGCUUUGUGCUGGCGCUUCACUGUGACGUGGAUGGGCAGCCGGCACCCCAGCUGCACUGGCACAUCCAGACGCCCGGGGGCACCGUGGAGAUCGCCAGCCCCAAUGUGGGUGUGGACGGACGUGCCCCACCUGGUGCGCUGGCAGCCAGUGGCAGGCCCCGCUUCCAGGCCUUUGCCAAUGGCAGCCUGCUCAUCCCCGACUUUGGCAAGCUGGAGGAGGGCACCUACAGCUGCCUGGCCACCAACGAGCUGGGUAGUGCCGAGAGCUCUGUGAACGUGGCGUUAGCCACGCCAGGCGAGGGUGGCGAGGACGCACUGGGCCGCCGGUUCCACGGCAAAGCGGCUGAGGGCAAGGGCUGCUACACCGUUGACAAUGAGGUGCAGCCAUCGGGGCCUGAGGACAAUGUCGUCAUCAUCUACCUCAGCCGGGCUGGGAAUCACGAGGCCGCAGUAGUGGCAGGAGGAGGCCCUGGGCAGCAGCCCCUGGGCUUGCUCCUGCUGGGCCAAAGCCUCCUUCUCCUCUUCCUCGCCUCCUUCUAGCCGACCUGGGCUGGGCAGGGCCUCUCCAGCUCCUCCCCUGGCUCUGCCAAUGUGCCUUAUAAGUGCCUUAGAGGCCUGGGGCUGGCAACUCCUGAGGCCUGUGAGGGCAACUUCCCAUCUUCCUACCUCCCCUUCUAAUCUCUUCCAGAACACCCACCACCCUCAACUUCUAGACCUGCUCAAAGCUAGUGAGUAGGACAGACUUUGAUCCCAUAGCUCACCGUCUAUGGUGCUAAUUGCUGCUAACAACAUCGCCUGUGCUUCCCUACCGUGGCAGCAUGCUAACAGGGCGAUGCCUUCACCUGACUGGAUGAAGCCUCAGUGGUGGAUCCCAGGCACUGUGACUGGUGAGCUGGGGGGCGAGGGGGAGGUCACUGCAGCAGACAGGGCCCGAGAGGGGAGGAAUGGACGGAGGCACAGUGACCUGCUCCAGCUCCGUGGGUAUCUCUGCACUCAGCUCAGACUGGACUAGAGGACCAAGAUGGCCUUCUUCUCCCUCAGCUGGUACCCCUCCAGCCUGGACACCAGCCCCACCUGUCUCCAAGCAUGCAUCUGUAGCCUGCCCCUCCAUAGAGGCCAGCCAGCCUGGGACGGCAGAGAAAUAAACAGUGUUUUUGAUUCUCUCCAUG